AACACAGCGCUACUCAACUCUCUCUCUCUCUCUCUCUCUCUCUCUCUCUCUCUCUCUCUCUGUGAAAAAAACCAUUAUUCAUAUCAAAUGGCCAAAGGUGGGAAGCUAACAAAGCUCAAGUCAGUACUGAAGAAGUGGAACUCCUUCAGCAAGCAGAACAGCCGCCGCAGCCUCAAUUCUGUUGUCUCCGCCGCCGAUGACGAUUACUCCACGGACGUAAUCUCAGGAGACCUACGCCCUGUCUACGUGGGUAAGUCCCGAAGACGUUACCUUGUGGCCUCCAACAUCGUAGACCACCCGCUUUUCAAGGAGCUGGCCGACUGGUCAGAUGACGACACGAUCAACGUCGCAUGCGAGGUCGUGCUGUUCGAGCACUUGUUGUGGAUGCUCGACAAUGCCGAUCCACAGCCCGAGUCCUUGAACGAGUUAGUCGAGUUCUAUGCCUGCUGAGGGAAAUAUUUAGUAAUGCCUUGUAUGUAUGUGCAUGGUGCGAGUAGGUUAUUGAGGAAAAUAAUGAGAGAGUGGUGGGGGUGAUUCUGUGUGGUCAUCUGCACGGUAUAGAAAGUUGUACAUUAUCAAUAGAUCAUCUACUGAGGGAAAAAAAUUUGAGUGUGAUUUGAUUGCA